CGAGGUGCUGACGGUAGAGGGCACAUUGCGCCUGACGGUCUGCCGGAAACCCUUCAGAAAAAGAAGAAGAAGAAGGGACAGGAAGUUAAACGUCUCUGGUUGGGUUCAAAACACAUGCUUUGGACUCAUGUGCACUGCAUCUGAGGUUGUACUGUCUGUCUGGCGCCAGAGAGGUUGUUGACUUCAGUCCGCGCUAACGUGGAAAUGGACGAAGCACUUGUUCGUGCCACGAUCCCUCGUGAUCUGGAGAAGGUUCUUGGUGUUGAGUCUCAGACCAACUCUAAAGCAGAGGCCUUCACCCAGGCGUUCCUGAAGAACAGCAUUCAGCCAAACACACGGCAUGAUCUGAAAAGCAUGUUGACUCACAAGGCCGUGAUACUGGGCUACACCAGGCCUAAGAAGGACAAGUCCAGGAGGAACAACAAGAGAGCCAAAGGGCUGAACGCUCGGCAGAAGAGGGCCAUGAACGUUUUCCAGAUCAAGCCAGAGCACCAGAGAUACGAGCUUUUUCUGCCUCUGCAUGAACUCUGGAGACAGUACAUUAUUGACCUGUGCAGUGGAUUGAAACCAAAAAGCAAUCCACAGUUUGUGCAGCAAAAGCUUCUGAAGGCAGACUUCCAUGGUGCCAUCAUCACAGUGGUCCGGUCUAAAUGCCCAUCAUAUGUGGGGACAACAGGGAUUCUAGUCCAAGAGUUCAAACAUGUCUUCAAAAUCAUCACAAAAGAAGACAAACUGAAAGUGAUCCCUAAGAGGAACAGUGUGUUUGCAGUGGAGAUCAAUGGCUUUGUGUCCCACAUCUAUGGAAGCAAGUUUGAGCAGCGAGCCAGUGAACGCUCCGCCAAGAAGUUUAAAGUGAAAGGAACCAUCGACUUGUGAUGUCGACAGAUGUCACUACGAGAGACAUUACAAACUCAGACUUCUACUCACCUCUAGGAACUGCAGCAACGAUGACCAGUGUUCUGCUGAUGGAUUGUGGUCAUUCACUGUAAAAUUAUACUUCAGUUCUUGGUUCAGUUUUUUGCAUAGGGGUGACUUUCUCACAGAGGUAUUCCCUUUUAAAGGAGGAAUUUUUAUUUUCAUGGGGAGUACUAAACAGCCAGUGAAAACUGUGGGAGGGGCUUUGUCCAGUCUGAGAAAAUGACCCUUAUCGCAGCUUGGGCUUGGACAUGGGAGGCCCCUGUCAAGUCUUUUUGGCCCUGAUCCCUCUCAUAGUGAGUCCAAUCAGAUACUUAUAUUAACCUAAAUGUUGAUUAAAUAUAAAUCUGGCACAGCUGAAGCUUCUAAAUCUGACACACCUUAGUUCUCACAAACAACGUGAUCCAAAGGAGGUCCUCAUUAAAAUCUUUAAAGUUGACAAGAUUAAACUAUUCAUAUGCUGUGGACGAAUGUUUAACUGAGAAAGCAACUCCUGAGACUGUCGUGACGGGAUCAGCUAGAGAGACAGUCGCUAACUCUGUUUGACUUGUCAGAACUACAGAGGUACUCGGCCCACUUGGGAUUGUACAGUGGUGUUGCAGAGUGGAGCUUCUUCCCUCACAAACACUAUUAGACGCCGGCUGCAGAGAGCACACAGACCAGACAUCAAGUUUCAUUUUGGUUUAUCAAUAAAUUAUACAAGGAAUUAAUGUUAACUAUUUUGCCAGUGCAGGAUUCAGAACCACACACACAUCGGUGUGGACAAAUACUUUCACACUCUAAAUUUGACUGGCAUGCACGUAAAAUGCACAGCUAUCAUCCAGGUGAGCAGCGCUGCAGUAAAGAAAGGAUUGGAAUUUGA